UGUUAAUUCAUCCAUUACGUCUCCCUAGAUGUGGCACUCUUGAUUAGGAAAUUGUCUACUAAAAUUCCGAGUUUAACCGAUAAAUCAGAUCGUCUGAGUAACUGAUAUAGUUAAUUCCAAUAAAACACCUGACAAUCCCGUUAAAAAAUGCCAAUAACUCAGCGUAAUGGAAAGAAAACUCUCCGCUCAGCGAGAAACGUCAAUCUUGUUGUGUCAGCAAUGCGAAAAUUGCGAGAUGAAAAUGGAUGUACCGUUGGAAAUAUCAUGGGCUAUAUCUCUACGUACUGUGACAAGCCAGCGCCAAAGCGAGAGGUGGUAGCAGCUCUAAAACGCGGCCUAGAAUUUGGAAUAGUGGAUCGUAAACGCGGCCGAUAUUUCCUCCAGACUGAUGACAAAACUAUUGAGGAUAAAAAACGAGGUACUCGUCCAAAAUUACCAACUGACGAUGAGGGCAGCGAGGUUGCUGUCGAGCAAAGGAGAACAAGUAAAUCAGCUAAACCGAGAAAAUCAAGACGUGUUGGCAAAGGAAGAAACGGUAAAAGAAAGACUGGGCGAAAAGCUGCGGUGAAGAAAUCCAAGAGGGCCAGGAUAUCCAGGACAAUCAGGCCAUACAAAUUGGACGAUUUCUACAGAGAUCUCAAGACCAGACCGUCAGCCGAAUCCUCCCUGGAGUCUAUGGAUUACUUCCAAGGAGAAGAUCCCUACACCUAUUAAAAUCGAGAGCCUAUUCUUUAAAUUUCCUUCAAAAUUCAAUAACCUGAGUGUUCCCAUUAAAUAGUGAUUUUAACUACUGUGAGAUAA